GGCUAGGAGGAGAGGAAGCGGUUGCAGUGCACCCAGCCUGCCGAGCAGAGCACAGACACCGACUGCAUGCAGAUGAUAUCACCCAGCACUGUGCACAGGAGAAGGCUUGUGACCUUUCAUUGGAUAUUCUAGGUCAGCACCAGAGCUAGGUACCAUCCUCCUGGCACUGCUAGUGUGUGCAUUAGGGACACCGGCUCAGGCUUUCUUAUGAGGAGCCAGAAGAAUCUCUUCUUUGCUACCAGAGCAGCAGAUCACUGGGAGGAGAUACCACUGUGAUCCACCAGCAGGAUCUGCAGCAAUACAGAUCGUCCAGCAGGCUGCUAUGGGAUGUCAUUGACCAGUACCGACUGCUGACAGGAUACUUUCACCACCAGUUCUGUGUGAUCGCAUCAGUCCCCCCGUCCCGACCACACAUAAGAGCGAUCGUGCAAGAUGUCAACAGCUUUCUACCUACUCACCACCCUGGGGGGUUACCUGGUCACAUCAGUGAUGCUCCUGAAAUUCCCCAACCUGAUACAUAAGAAGAAACAGCAGAAGUUCCGCUGCAGACACAUCUCCCACCGGGGAGGUGCUGGAGAAAAUCUAGAAAAUACAAUGUCUGCUUUUAAACACGCAAUCAGCCUGGGAACAGAUAUGCUGGAACUUGACUGCCAUCUCACGAAAGACGAACAGGUUGUGGUGUCUCAUGAUGGUCACCUGAAGCGGUCAACUGGAAUCAGCAUGAAUAUAUCAGAGCUAAACUACAAUGAUCUGCCUCCAUAUUUGUGCCAGCUGGAUGUGACAUUUGAAAAAGAUUGCUGCUGUGAAGGUGGGGAUGACAGACGAAUCCCGCUGCUGAAAGAAGUGUUCGAAGCAUUUCCAGAAACCCCCAUUAACAUCGAUAUCAAAGUGAAUAAUGACAUUCUAGUGAAAAAGGUCUCGGAACUCGUAAGAGAACACAAGAGAGAGCACCUGACUGUGUGGGGUAAUGCCGACUACCAGAUUGUUCAGAAGUGCCAUAAAGAGAACGGCAGCAUCCCUCUGCUUUUCUGCUCUCAACGGGUUCUGCUCCUGGUUGGACUAUUCUAUACAGGACUUCUCCCCUUCUUUCCACUUUGGGAACAAUUCUUAGAAAUUCCGAUGCCUUCUAUAAUCAUGAAGCUCAAGGAUCCCUCGAAAAUGAGCAGAAGUCACAAGUUUGUUGUGUGGCUGGCAGAUGCAUUAAUUAUGAGAAAGUCCCUGUUCGAGCACCUGAAAGCUCGAGGAAUCCAGGUUUAUAUUUGGGUGUUAAACAAUGAAGAAGAAUAUAAGAGAGCAUUCGAUUUGGGCGCCACUGGCGUAAUGACGGAUUAUCCUACGCGACUGAAGGAAUUUCUGGAGCAUUACCCUCAAUGAGACAGGUUUAAAGAGCCGGUCACCUGAGUGACAUUACUGUACAAUAAGGUCAUCAUACCUCAUGCACGGCCGUCUAGUAAAUACUUAGAUACUUAUACAUAUGUAUUUUGGGGGAUCUUGUAUAGUUUACAUCUGUAAAUACCAGAAUCAGGGCAGAACCACUAUGCUGUAAAGUCAACAACUUUUCCUAUGGACUGAUUGACAUGGAAUGUACACAGUAUUUACUUAUGGGAAACUGUAAACCAUCACUAAGAAUAAAGUCCGAUUCAUAUUACUGUUGCAGGGGAAGGAUGGACACUGAAGACGGAAUGAUGGAUUUUUGUUUAAAGGACUAACUGUAUAUAAAGGGGUUCUCUGGAUGUAAAACACUGUAUGAACUGAGCAUAACAUACAGAAAGAGUCAAAAAGGAUGGUGCAAAAGUGAAGGUCUGUACUUAAAAGGGGUAUUCCGGGCAAAAA